UCUCCAUAAUUCCCAAUGUCCCCAUAUUGUUUCUUAUCCAGCCACCGUGACCCACUAUCUUUUCAUGGAGAAAAUCAAAUGUUGGAUAUGAGCAAAAGAUUUUUCAAAUGAUAGGAACAACUCCAAACUCUUAGUUCAAACUUACUAUCAAUGAUUUCAAAAUACAUUUCUGUAAAUAAUUUACAAAGAGAUAUUACUACAACAAUAUUCAGUGUCACAAUUUACCUGAGUUCACCUCAAAGCCUUAUUGGCUAUUGCCUUGUUUUUACAUCAUAUAAAGUUUACCAAUUCCACCGAAUGUCACAAUUUUUUUCAUUAAAAGGUUUUAAAAAGUUCAAAUGGUAGUAAUUUUCUAUCUUUUAUUUGUUUAAUAAUUUGGAAAGUCAACAAUGGUGUAUGUAUGUACAUCCACUAUAUAAAAGGAAUUUGUGAUUAGUUCAACGAAUAGUAAUGCUGAAUUUGCCCUAGGAAAAAUCAUUGGAAAUGGAGGUCAAACGAAGAGCGGUGAAGAACCUCGUUACGAAGCUGAGUUCCGUAUCGGAACAGAUACGAACCGAAGCAAUUUGUGAGCUGAGAUUGAUUUCAAAGAACGAUUCCGACAGCAGACCGUUGAUCGCCGACGCCGGUGCGGUUCCGUAUUUGUCGGAAUCGCUCUACUCGUCGAAUAAAUUAUCUCAGGAGAACGCAACUGCGACGUUGCAUAACCUCUCAAUUUCUCACAAAGACUUGCUGAUGUCUACGCGGGGGCUCCUUGAUGCUCUCUCUCACGCUCUCCGGAACCCUUCUUCCCCUUCCGUCGCUCAGUGCGCCGCUGCCACCAUCUUCAGCUUAUUGACGGUCGAGUCUUAUCGGUCUAUCAUUGGCCACAAGCGUGAUAUCCUUUUUGGUCUUAUAGACAUAAUUAAGAACCCUAAUUCAGAUUCUAGAACUGUAAAAGAUGCGCUCAAAGCACUUUUUGGUAUUGCGCUUUACCCGCUGAAUCGCGUUCACAUUAUCGAGCUGGGGGCUGUACCUCCGUUGUUUUCGUUGCUGUGUAAUGACGGUAGAGCCGGGAUAUUGGAGGAUGUUACUGCGGUGAUUGCUCAAAUUGCUGGUUGUGAGGAGAGCUGGGAGGCGUUUAGGAAGAUUUCAGGGGUUGGGGUAUUGGUGGAUAUGUUGGAUAGUUCCACUGGAUCAAGCAGUCGAACUAAAGAGAACGCGGUUUCAGCGUUGCUGAAUUUGGUGCAAUGUGGCGGAGAAGAAACAGUCAAUAGUAUUCGUGACAUAGUUUUGGGGGCAGUGGAUGGGAUUAUUGAAGUGGCAGAAAAUGGAACGGAUAAAGGGAAGAGCAAGGCAAUGGCGUUGUUGAAAAUACUUGAUGCGAGUUCUGGUACGUUUCAAGAGGAGCAGAUGGACUACUUAUCAAACCACUCAUUAUGAGUAUGUCAAAUAUAUCUCUUUGGUUAUGUUUGUAUAGAUACCUCUCUUUUAGAUAUUGUGUUUGUACUCUUUGUGCUAUAAUAACAGUAAAUGGGGUGUGAAAAUGCAUUAAUGUGGUUGUAAGAAUUAGGUUGGAUUGAAUACUAACAAAAACAAAUUGAAUAGCCACUUGAUUUGGAUUUGGGUUUUCCUAUUUCUAAUGUAUUGCAGUGGCUGGAUAUUGUUAAAAGGGCCACUGCAUUAUCUGGUUGAUGAUGAA